AUGAAGGCAAUUGUUCUAUUCGCAUUAGUAAUCGUACAGAUAAUAACCGACAAUGUGGCGGACGGCAAAUUCGUUGCCUCCACAGCCCGAAACACCACCACCCACACUAAAGAACAGAACAAUACCAAUGACUUAGUUCAAAAAAUUGAUGCCCUCUUGGCGGAGACGAAGGAGAUAACUCAGAAAAUUGAUGAUUUAACCAAAAGGCAAGAGGAACUGGAAGGGAACAUGGCAAAAAUAGUGGAGCAACAAAUGUCAUCGAUGAAUGUCACCCUGAAGGAGAAAGACAACCUUGAGAUUUUGCGAAAUUGGACAACAAUUGCCAGACGCAUGGACGGCUCUGUUAAUUUUUACCGAGGUUGGAAUGAAUAUAAAUUUGGUUUCGGCAAUCCACCUCACGGCGAAUUCUUUAUUGGCCUAAAGAGAUUGCAUGAAUUGACGACAGCCGUUCCAAACAUCGAACUUAAAGUGAUUUUAAGAGAUUGGAAGGGUGAAGAACGUUACGCUCACUAUGAUGGCUUUCGAGUUGGAAAUGAAACCGAGAAAUAUAAACUCAAGGCACUAGGCAAAUACAGUGGCACUGCUGGUGAUUCCUUGUCAUCUCACAAAGGUGUGAAGUUUUCUACCUUCGAUGAGGAUAAUGAUAAAAAUGGUGCUGAUUGUGCCAAGUCUCGGAGUGGUGCUUGGUGGUUUUAUAAUUGUUCGUACAGUCAUCUAUUUGGACCAUAUAGAAAAGGAAAGAAUAUAAAUUCAGUUGGCAUUGAUUGGUAUCAUUGGAAAUAUACUCAUGAUUAUUCAUUUAAAUAUGCCGAAAUGCUCAUUAGAGCAAAACGGGCAUAA